CACACACACACACACACUUUUUCUCUCGUCUUUUCCCUCCUCCUCUCCUCCCAGACAACACCAAUCCCAAACGCUAGUCUUUCAUUCACAUUCCUCCCUCUUCUUCCCCAUACUACCACUUACACUCCUACAGGCACUCUCACUUGCACACCUGAUACAUAUAUGUAUGUAUGCAUGAAAGGAGACAGAGGCAGACACAUUUAGAAAUUGCUUGAAGCAGACGACACAUUUGUUCUGAGAGGUUUGUUCACCAUGGACUACGAAGAAAUGAUUGGGACAAUUGGAGGAUGUGGACUUUAUCAGAAACUGAUGCUAGCUUUUCUCUUCUCUUCAUCCAUUAUGGAUGGUUUACAAAUUGGAAGCAUAGUUUUUAUUGUACCUGACUUAGAUUACAGGUGUGCUAUUCCUGGUUACGACAACGACACGUAUAAAAUCCAAAGUGAAAUCCAUGAAGAACGGAUCAACGAAUAUAUUCCAAAGAGUGAGGAUGAAGGGGAGGUGGUUUAUGAUAAAUGUUUGAUAUAUUCCAAUACCACAGAAAAUGGAAAUCGAACUACACAGAAGUGCAGUUCUUGGGUGUAUGAUAAAACUAACACACACACCUCAAUCACCACACAGCUGAAUCUUGUUUGCGAUAAAGCGAUUCUGGCAAGGCACACCAUUACCUUUUUCUUCAUGGGCUACCUUUUCGCCAUGGCUGUCUGUGGAAUUUUAUCAGACAGAUUUGGUCGCAAAAAAGUGAUAAUUGUGUGUUUAUUUUUGCAAGGGGCAACCGGAAUAGCAACGGCCUUCAUCUACAACAUUUAUGCCAUAUAUGUGUUGCGUUUUCUCACUGCUGUUGGUGGUGCUGGAUCCUUCGUACCCUCAGUUGUCCUUGCUGCUGAAGUCUCUUCGGCGAACAAUAGAAUGAAAACUACGGUUGUCGCUCACAUGCUGUUUGCCGCCGGACUGCUGAUCGUUUCUCUGCUGACUUACUUUGUGAGGACCUGGAAGAUUUUGAUAAUCAUAAUAUCAAUCCCGUCACUGGUGUUCGCUAUCGUCUAUGUCUGUUUCCUAGACGAGUCUCCCCGAUGGCUCCUCAAUAAAAAGAGAACAAAAGAUGCCAACUUAAUUCUUAGCAACAUCGCCAAACUGAAUAAAACAGUUUUGCCUCAAACACAAAUCGUCAACAUUUCCUCAUCGAACAAGAAUAAAGUAGAAAUCUGGAAAAUGUUUACCAUUCCUCAGCUUCUAAAACGGACCUUAAUUUUGAUGUUAAACUGGGCAACUGUGAGCUUGGUAUAUUACGGCCUUUCUCUUAAUGUUGGCAAAUUGUAUGGCAAUCUCUAUGUGAAUUUUUUUUUGAAUUCGGUUGUCGAGUUUCCGGGCUAUACUCUGUGCAUCCUUUUGUUAAAUCGUGUUGGAAGAAAAAAAAUGCAUGCUAGCGUCAUGGUUUUGGCCGGAGUCACUUGUAUCGCUGGAAUAUUUCCCGUCCUCUAUGGCACUAAAGCCCAUCGAUGGAUGUUAACGGCCAGUUCGAUAUUAGGCCGUUUGUUUAUCACUGCAAGUUUUGCAAUUGUGUAUUUAUACACUUUGGAAUUAUACCCAACUUGUAUAAGAAACGGUGCAUUGGGGGCUUUGUCCACCUUUGCACGUGUUGGUGGGGCUUUGGCACCUUACAUUCUCAACUUUUCAGAUUUUGUUCCUGGCAAGGUUGGUCAAAUACUGCCGAUGGUUCUUAUGGGAGCACUUUCCAUAAUCGCGGGGCUAUUUUCAUUGUUGUUACCCGAAACAAACAACCGGAAAAUGAUGGACAACUUCAAUGAUGUGACCAAAUCUGGAAAACUGGAGUUCGCUACUAAAAAGGAUGCAAUUCUAAAGGAAGAAACUCACCCAAUGAAACCGAGACAAUCUGCAGAGGAUAUAAAUUCUUAAUAGUUGGUGGUAAGACAUCAUCAACAGCAGCAAAUUCUAACUUUUUCCGUCGUUCGUUGUUAAUCACUGCUUGCUGUAAAGAGAGAAUUAUUUCAAUUAAAACAAAGACUGUUCAUAUUAGGGUUUCGUUCAAUAAAGAACACAUCUAUAUUUCGUUUGU